AGACGGGCUGGACGCCUUCGCAGUCGGACGAACCGAGGAGGGCAGAGGGCUGUUGGAGUUGCUCUGGUCGGCAUGCAGUGGAGCAGACCGGCGGAGUGAAUUUUAGUUUAUUUUCCAGGGAAGAGCGAAUGUCGCAGGCGGAUACCGGGGGGAAAUGAGUAACAGGAUGGAGGGUUCGGCGGGACCAGGUGUCAGUGCGAACGGACCCGUCUCGGCGCCCAGCAGCCCAGUAGGGUCCACCAUGGGCCCGCCUCUGUCCCCGGACGAGCUGGACGAAGACCAGGAGUCCUCUCUGACAGAUGUCACUCAAAUGUGGAUUAAAUUUGCCAAGACGUUUGCCAUCAUCUUCCCCAUCUAUGUCUUGGGAUACUUUGAGUUCAGCUUCAGCUGGGUUCUGAUCGGACUCGCCAUGCUGUUCUACUGGAGGAAGAACCACGGCACUAAGGACUACAGGAUAAACCGUGCCUUGGCAUUCCUGGAGCAUGAGGAGAAAGCAGUGAGGCAAAGUGUGCCUACCACAGAGCUGCCACCAUGGGUCCAUUAUCCAGAUGUGGAGAGAGUGGAGUGGCUGAAUAAGACGGUGAAGCAGAUGUGGCCAUUCAUCUGCCAGUUCGUGGACAAGCUGUUCAGAGAGACCAUCGAGCCGGCGGUGAAGGGCGCCAACCCUCAUCUCAGCUCCUUCUGCUUCACCAAGAUCGACAUGGGCGACAAGCCGCUGAGAGUGAACGGAGUGAAAGUUUACACAGAAAACGUGGACAAGAGGCAGGUCAUCAUGGACCUGCAGAUCAGUUUCGUUGGGAAUACAGAGAUUGACGUGGACAUCAAGAAGUACUACUGCAGGGCUGGAAUCAAGAGCAUACAACUUCAUGGAGUGAUGAGGGUGGUGAUGGAGCCUCUGCUGGGGGACAUGCCUCUCAUCGGAGCCCUGUCCGUCUUUUUCCUCAAGAAACCGUUGCUGGACAUCAAUUGGACGGGACUCACAAACAUGCUGGACAUCCCCGGUCUCAACGGUUUGUGUGACAACAUUAUCCAGGACAUCAUCUACAGCUACUUGGUGUUGCCCAACCGCAUCACCAUCCCUCUGGUGGGAGAAGCCGAGUUGGCCAAGCUCCGCUUCCCCAUUCCCAAGGGUCUCCUAAGGAUCCACUUUAUCGAGGCCCAGGACCUGCUGGGUAAAGACAAGUUCCUGGGAGGGCUGAUCAAAGGGAAGUCCGACCCAUACGGAGUCAUCCAGCUUGGGACGCAGCUGUUCCAGAGCAAAGUGAUCCACGAGACAGUCAACCCGAAGUGGAACGAAGUGUACGAGGCUUUGGUUUAUGAUUCCUCUGGACAGAAUCUGGAGAUUGAGCUGUUUGAUGAAGACACUGAUAAAGACGACUUCCUGGGAAGUUUGGUGAUUGACGUGGCCGAGCUCCAGAAGGAGCAGAAGGUUGAUGAGUGGUUUGUGAUGGACGACGUGGCUACAGGGAAGCUGCACCUCAAACUGGAGUUUUUGUCUCUGCUGAACACACCUGAGAAGCUGGACCAGGUGCUCACGAGCAUCAGAGCCAACCGAGGUCAAGCCAACGACGGCCUUUCAUCUGCGCUGCUCGUCAUCUUCCUGGAUUCAGCCAGAAACCUGCCGCGCAAUCCGUUAGAGUUCAACCAAGCGGGGCUGAGGAAGGCCUCGGUCAGUAAGGCCAUAAAGUCCGGUAAAAAGGUGACCAGCGACCCCAGUCCGUUUGUCCAGUUCACAGUGGGACACAAAUCUUUCGAGAGCAAGACCAGAUAUAAGACCAAUGAACCAGUGUGGGAGGAAGCAUUCACCUUCCUCAUCCACAACCCCAAAACCCAAGAGCUGGAGGUGGAGGUGAAAGAUGAGAAACACGAUUGUUCGUUGGGGACGUUAACGCUGCCUCUGAGGCAGCUGCUGGAGGCCGAGGACAUGAUGCUGAGCCAGCGCUUCCCCCUCAGGAACUCCGGACCGAGCUGCACCCUGAAGAUGAAGAUGGCUCUGCGGGUAAAAAAACAAUCUGAGGAACAAGAAAAAGUCCUUUGGUGUGAUGCUCAUUGUGUGUCACUCUGGGUUUAGAUCA